AUGGCAUCGCAGUACGACACCUACCAAACGUCUUUGACGGGCCGCUACUGCAGCCCGGAAAUGUCCGGGCUCUUCAGCCAGCGAUCUCGGCACUCGACCUGGCGCAAGUUGUGGCUUGGCCUCGCUGAGAGCGAGAGAGAACUCGGUAUUGAUACCAUCACGCCCGAGGCGCUGGAACAGAUGAAGGCCCACCUCGUGGUCACGGAUGAGGAUUUUGAGGUUGCUCGCGUCGAAGAGAAGCGUCGCAGACAUCAUGUCCACGCGUUCGGCGUCGUUGCCCCGGCUGCGGCCGGCGUGAUGCAUUAUGGCGCGACGAGCUGUUUCGUCACCGAUAAUGCCGAACUGAUUCUCAUCCGUGAUGCCCUCGAUCUGUUGAUCAAGAAGCUGGCCAAGGUCAUCUCCAACCUUUCCGCCUUUGCGCUCAAGUGGAAGGCCGAACCCACUCUCGCAUACACCCACCUUCAGGCAGCCCAGCUGAUCACGGUCGGAAAGCGAGCCGCCCAGUGGGCGCAAGACCUCAUGCUUGACCUCCACAGUAUGGAGCAAGUCCGCAGCGAGCUCAAGUUCCGUGGCGCCCAAGGCACAACCGGCACACAGGCCUCCUUUUUGGAGAUCUUCCAGGGAGACUCUGCAAAGUGCGACAAGCUGAACGAGCUCCUCUGUGAGAAGUUUGGGUUCCCGUCCUGCUACGAUGUGUCCACCCAGACCUACACCCGCAAGGUUGACCUGAUUGUCGCCAACGCUGUCGCCGGUCUUGGUUCUUCAGCGCAGAAGAUUGCGGGAGACAUUCGCCAUCUCGCGCACUGGAAGGAGAUCGAAGAGCCUUUUGAGGCUUCUCAGAUUGGAUCCUCUGCUAUGGCAUACAAGCGCAACCCCAUGCGCUCCGAGAGAAUCUACAGCUUGGCGCGCGAGUUGCUGUCCAAGCCGGCUACUUUCGCCAACACUCACGCAGACCAAUGGGACAAUGUUACCAACGGCCUGGUUGUGUACCCCAAGCGCAUCGCUGCUCACGUGCAGUCCGAGUUGCCCUUCAUGCUGACGGAGUCCAUCCUGAUGAAGCUUUGUGCUAAGGGAGCUUCAAGACAGGAGGCACACGAACAGAUUCGUGUUCUUUCUAACGAAGCAGGAAGCGUCGUGAAGAAUGAGGGCAAACCGAAUGACCUAGUAUCGCGGAUCAGGAGCAACGAAUUCUUCAAGCCUGUCUGGAACGAUCUUGAUGAUAUGCUCAGAGCAGAGCUCUACAUCGGUCGUAGCGUGGAGAUUGUCGACAAGUACUGCGGUCCCGGGGGCCCUGUCGAGAAGGCGUUGGCGCCCUACAUGACGUACAUCAAGAGCUCCAGCACCGCAGAGCUCAAUGUAUAG